GUUCCCGCCCCUGCCGGGCAGUGCCCGCCCUCCGUGGGGGGGCUGUGAAGGCGGCUAGGGGCGAGGCCGGCCCUCUCCGCGGCUGUGUUUGUCCCGCGGGCCCCCAGACGAGGCGAGGGUGUCCUGAGAUCUAUGAAAUCUUUUAUUCAUCCUAAUUUCAAAUACCGUAAACUGGGUAUUUAGAGCAAGAUAGAGGAAAUAUGUAUUUCCACUGAGCAGAUGUCAAAACCCCUGUGAUCUUGUAAAAGGAACUGUUUUCUAUAGGAAGAUUGGUUUAACUACAACGGAUGAUGCUGAUUCAGACUUUCAAAGAACAUCUGCUGUGAUGAGAAGAACUACUGGCAGUAUUGGAAAACUGCUUAAGUAUAAGUAAUAAAUGCUUAUGGUACUCCCACUGAGUUACAACCUUUUGGUGAAGGAGAGGUGGGUAACCUGCCUACAGCAACACAAUGAGUCAUUGGCAGAAUGAGGAUUGCAACACAGGAUUUCCUGACUUCCAAAUCUGUUCUGGUUGUUCCAGAUCAGGCCGCCUCCCAAACAGAUAAAGCACCUUUGUCAAAGAGUCUGUUAUUAAUCCCAAGUGCCAUCUCGAUUCUAUUGACUCUGCUCUUCCAACAUUAUCAGAAGUUCUUUGCAUAUAACCUACAAGCUAUAAAAGAAGAUUUUCAGAUUUGGAGAAUUGUAUGUGGGAGAACAGUAUGCCUUGAUCUGAAAGACACAUUCUGCAGCAGUUUGCUCAUUUAUAAUUUUAGAAUAUUUGAAAGAAGAUAUGGCAGCCGAAAAUUUUCAUCAUUUUUACUGGGUGCCUGGGUGCUCUCAGCUUUGUUUGACCUUCUCCUUGUGGAACUUGCUCAGUAUAUAUUUGGCUUCACCAUCAACAGCUUGCCUUCUGGUUUCUUGGGUCCUGUGUUUGCUUUGUUUGUACCGUUUUACUGCUCCAUUCCAAGAGUGCAGGUGACACAAGUAUUAGGCCACUUUUCUAUCACAAACAAGACACUGGUCUAUAUACUGGGUUUACAGCUCUUAACCUCUGGUUCCUACAUCUGGAUUUUAGCCUUAAGUGGAUUGAUUUCUGGGAUUUGCUACAAUAGUAGUAUAUUAAAAGUUCAUCAAAUUCUUUGUGUACCCAGCUGGGUAGCAAAGAUAUUUUCUUGGACUCUUGAACCAAUCUUCUCAUCUGCGGAACCAACAAAUGAAAUUCGAGUGGGAAUGGGAGCAACAGUGGACAUCCAGAGACAGCAGAGGAUGGAAUUACUGGAUCGUCAAAUCAUGAUGUCUCAGGUUGCACAGAUGCGACGGCAAAGGCAGCAGCAGGGUGGGAUGAUUAACUGGAAUAGACUGUUUCCUCCUUUGCGUCAUAGACAUAAUGCAAAUUAUCAAGAUCAUCGCCCGUCUGAUCAAGAAACACCUCCACCUACUGAGGUUUCUGAAGAGCAGGUUGCGCGACUUAUGGAAAUGGGAUUUUCCAGGGGAGAUGCUCUAGAAGCUUUGAGGGCUUCAAAUAAUGACUUAAAUGUAGCCACUAAUUUUCUACUGCAACACUGAUGGUUUUCUGUACGGAGGAACUUUACUUGAUGGGUUUGUGUAGGUCUGAAAGAGAAUCAAAGCCACCUGCUGGACAGAGUCGCAAAGGUUGGCCCUGCAAACGGUGUCAGAAAGAAGAAUCUGUCUCCACGUGAGUGAUGAUUCAAAGCAAUGUUAACGAAUGACGUGAGCUGUUCCCAAGCCUUCAAAUCAAUUGGUGGUUUCUAUUCUGGUUAUCCAUUUGAAAAUAACUUUAAUUUCUACUUACGACUGGAUAUCAUCUAAAUUUGUUUUAAAAAUAAAAUAAGGGUUUUUUUUCUUGUGAAUCAUUGUUAGACAUGUUAUCAGACUUAACGACUAGGAAAAGAAGCUCCAACAACUACAAACAGCUGCAUUUAUCUAUCAAGAAAAAUCAUAUUUUCUUCGUUUACCAGUUUAAUUCCUCCAGCUUACAUUUUAUUUUACAGUACUUGAUUUUUGGUUACAGUAAUAAGAUGUUUGAAGAUCACUUCAUUUUCAACCCAGUAGAGGGUUAUGGGAAUAUCAUGUCAUUUUUCAGAAAGUUUUAUUAAUGCCUGUAAUACUUUAUUUCUUGAAUUCCUUUUUAAAUAAAAGUUGUCAUUCAGCACAUAAUACAUACAUAGGAUAAGAGAAAUUUUAUAUACAUAUUGCAAGCUACGGUAAGUGACCACUGUAAAUUUAAAUUUUACAAACAGAGUAAAUGGCUAUCCAGAUACGGGGCAUGAAGGUAUUCACUGGAAGCAAUAAAGAUGAAUUGAAUGGUACAAUAAGAUCAGAACUGAGAUCAUUUGAAUGACUUCCAUGUCUGAUUCAGACAGAUUUCCAUGACAUAAUGUAUGUAUGCUCAGUGUCCUAUGUGCUGCUUUCAUUUUUUGACCUGGCUACAUACUGUCUUAAAGAAAAACAGAAAAAGCUAACUUUUCUAUAUAGUUCUAGUUUUCUACUGUCAAAGAUGUGGAUGACCCUGCAUUUGCUGAAUCCUCACUGUUGGAAACAAGGCUAACUGUUGAUCACAGACUGGAAUAUUAAACUUAAAAGAAUUUGGUUCAGACUAACACAAGAGUUGACAGGACACCAGUGCCAAGGUAGUUUGAUACGGAUUUUGAAGCUUAGAAUGAUAAAUGGGCUUACUUGGCUUAACUCUCAGAAGUGCUUAGUUAUCAGCACCUUAGGACUUUUGGGAGGUGGGGUGGAAAGAGGGCCACAUCUCUGAAAAAUGAAGCUGAAGUAAUGUGAAAUUCCAGACUGCAGCUCAAUGGUGAAAUGGAUCUAUACGUGUACCUUUAGCAUUUUAUGUAAGUUUGAGUAUAUGUACUUUUGUUUGUAUAGGGUGUUAUAUGUGUCUAUAUACAUACACACAUAUUUAAUGCACACAUACAUUUAGAAUAAGUUGUCAGAAGCAUAAUAAAGGCAAUAGCAGGUUUGCUGUUGAAAAGGGUGAAAAGGGAAGGUGGUGAAAGAAUACAGGAGGAGAGAAGAAUAUUUUGAAAAUCCAAAUUACCACGUGUUUACCAAAGUACAUACUUGUGCAGUCUGUGGUCUGGAAAAUGAACCAGGAAAUUACAGGACAAAACUUAUUGGGGGAUAGAGAGAGACCUUUUUUCUUUUUCUUUUUUUUUUUUUUUUUUUUUUUUGAUUGGCUGAUAAAACUAGAAAAAGUCUUUCUAGCAUACAAGUCCUCUCCCAGAAAUGGCAUCAGAUAUGUUCAUCUUUAGGCACAUUGGCAUCCUUUGGUAAUGAAGUCAAUGUACUGUGUUUAUGUUUUAAUAUUUCCCAGUGAGUGUAUUAAGAAAUCUUGGCAUGAGUAUGUGUUUGCCUGGGCUUUGAUGAGCCUGCUUCAGGGUUUGACCUGCUGCUAUGACAAUGUUUUUAGGCAAGGUCUGCUUUUUAAGUGAAAGAUUUUGUUUCUGUGAAGCUGAGUAGCACUUCUUCUGUGUAGGUUAGAGGCAUUUCUCUAGCUGGAUGACUCUGGAAACUGGUUGUCAUACAACGGGAAUGACUAAUUAAGAAUCUAAAAAAAUAUAGACAAUAAUUUGUAUAUGCAAACUAGUUAAAUGUUUUGAAACAGUUAUACAUUUUACUUUUGAAACAUGCAGACUCUUCCUCCACAACUCCUUUAUAGUAAGUAGCAAUAAAGGGUAGUGAAUUAC